AUCACAACAGGAAGUCUGGGCAGUAGGGUUGUGGAGCAGCAGAGCAGUGUGGUAGGAGCAAAGAAGAGUUGUAAAUCAAAGGUUGGUGAGGGAACGGUUCCCUUCUGCCCAUGGCGCCCAUGGACGACGCCCAGGAACAACACCCCCCCCACUAGGACGACAUACAUUCGACGGGCAAGGCUUUGUUCCCCCGGUUCCUCUAGCUGGACGGUUAACAUAUAAUGGAACGGGCGAUGGAGCAGCUCAACGUACAGCUUAGCCGGCUGACCCGCUCCCUCCGCCGGGCCAGGACGGUUGAACUCCCGGAAGACAAUGAGACUGCCGUGUACACACUCAUGCCGAUGGUCAUGGCUGACCAGUACAGGUCAGUGUCAGAGUUGCUGCUCAACUCCAAGUUUGAUGUGAACUAUGCCUUUGGUCGAGUGAAGAGGAGUCUGCUACACAUCGCUGCCAACUGUGGCUCAGUGGAGUGUCUGGUUCUGCUGCUGAAGAGAGGGGCCAACCCAAACUACCAGGACAUCUCCGGCUGUACCCCCCUGCACCUCGCUGCUAGGAACGG